AUGAGUGGUUUCUCAGAUUUGGGUUUGUGCGACUCUCUAACGAAGUGUUGCCAUAGUCUGGGGUGGAAGAAUCCCUUACCCAUUCAGGUCUCUUCAAUUCCACCAGCGCUAAAGGGUAGUGAUAUUAUUGGGACGUCAGAAACAGGAUCCGGUAAAACGGCUGCAUUUCUUCUUCCAAUCUUUCAGCACUGGUUGAAUUCCGGUCGACCGAAAGGCUAUGCUCUUAUUUUGGCUCCAACAAGAGAAUUGGCGCUUCAGAUAACAGAGACAGCAAACAUGAUCAUGAACAAUUUUAUUGAUCAAGAUGGCAAAAUCAACAACCCUCUUAACGUUUUUCAAUUAGUCGGCGGUGUGAGUGCGGCGGAUCAGGCCGUUGCUUUAGCUUGGUGUCAACAUCAUUUCGUUGUUGCUACACCAGGUCGUCUGGCGGAGCAUAUCAGACAGUCGUCUGGAUUUGCCCUUCAUCAUCUCUCCACUAUUAAGCAUCUUGUCCUCGAUGAAGUUGAUCGAAUGCUCAGUCUGGAGUUUGCUGACGAUCUGGAUCUGCUGCUGAACCUCUAUGAAAGACCGCUUUCGUGUGGAAGUAAGGACAAAGGUGCUACAUUCCUUGAAAAA